AUGGGAAAGGUCAGAGGACGGGAGAUUCUACAUUUGCCAAAGAUUCUAGGUAAAAAUAGCCUGAAGGUCCUACCUUCUUUAGAGAAAAUCACUAUGUUUUGGAAUCCACUUUUUACGUGACAGAGGUAGAAAAAAGCUUAGGAUAGUUUGAAUGUUAGUUAUUAAAUGAGAAAAAACAAAAGAGAGACAUUUUACAAAAAUUAUAAACCGACUGGAUAUCUGGAACCAGGUAUCCAGUUAGCAGAAAGGAUUGCACCAUUAACAUUUAUCUCCAAGUGUUGUUAUAUAAGCACCAAUACAUAACAGAAGAGUACUGCAGGAAGCAGGGGCUUAGGGAAUGAAUGUUCUGGGAAUGUCUGCAUUUGUAGCUGGUUGACAGCCCAAACCCAAACAGUGCUCACUAAUGGUUCCUUGUCAUCUUGGAAAAUCGUGGCAAGUUGUAUGUUGCAGGGUUCUGUCCUAGGCCCAUUAUUGUUCAACAUCUUUAUAAAUAACUUGGAUGAAGAUACUAAGGAGUAGUCAAUGCAAUUGAAAACAUAAUAAGAAUUCCAGAAGACCUUAAUAAAAUGAAUUUCAAUAGGGACAAAUGUAAGGUUCUGCCUUCCUAAGAAUCACUAAAACCCCUUCUCCCCGCCCACAUGACCUGGGUUGCUGUGCGUAAGAGGAACCUGGUGGACAGGCAGCGGCAAGAACAGGUCCACAUGCCUCAUCCAAGCAAGUCUCCAUUAAACAUGCCAGGUUAAUUCCUCCAUCCACACUUAAUGGAUGGUAGCGGUCUUGUGAACCAUUGACCUGGCAUUGCACAACAGCACCUUAAGGUCAUGUGGGAUACUCAGUGCUUUUUUCUGGGGGAUGCAUUUUGUGAAUCUUUGUAUUUUUGUCCAUUUACUGUAUUUAUUUUUCCCAAUUUGAACUAUAAAAUGGUGAUUUUCUUGAGUCAAAAUGAGAGUACCCCUAAACAUUUUUUUAAGAAAAAAAGCACUGGGGACACCCUUGUUGAUUCUGGUAUCCUUCUGGUCAGGACCCAACAUGGAGGCAGGGAUAGUCUUCUAACAAUGACUAAACCUGCCUCCUCGGUAAUGACAUGGUCUGGUCCUAGCGUAACUCCUCCUCCUACCCAUGAUCACUGAGAUCGGGUGUCCCAAUGCAUCCCUUAAGGCAACAACAAAACAAAGCAGUAAACCAAUAGAAAAUUUAAAGAAACUCAAAACACAAUUAUCUACUACAGACAUGAUUAAAAUAACCACCACCUCCAUCUAAGCAUUGAAAACAACCCCAACUAAAACAAAAAAAAAGACAGGUAACAUUUGAAACCCCACAGAUUAAAAGCUGCUUAAUUUUUUAAAAAAACACUAGACACUUGGAGAAGUGAAACAAUAGCAGAACACCCCACCCAGCACUGCCCCAAAAGUUCGUUCCAGUGAGUCCGCCGCCCCCCCCAGGCCGGCUGGUGACAGCCUUGCAAAGGGAGCAGGCCCUGCAGUCCUCACCACAGCUGAUGGUCCAGCCUUCACUGCAGCAGGAGUCUUUAUAGCUGGGAGUGUGAGGGCCUGGCCCCCUCCCCGUAGGCCAGAUGGUGAAGGUCUUGCAGAGGGAGCAGGCCCUUCUAUGCUCACCGCAGCAUUAAACUGUCAAAGGAAUUAACUCUUCGAAUUCUGUUCAAUUUGUAGAAGCAUCUAAGCUCAAACCAGGGUCUUUCGUUUCAUCUCCUUGUAGGCAAUCAGAGGCGGGAAAGGACAUGGCAUUUUGCUGCACCUGAUGAAAGGACAACUGUUGGGGGGGGCAGUAUUCACAAUACAUGGCAUUUUCCAAUCAGAUGUAGGUAGAGCUAUAAUACAAAGCCAUAAAAUUACAAUCUUAAAUGGUCUAUUAAUUCAGGCAGCUAACUCUUUAGACAGAUUUAAUAGAUGUUAUCAGAAGCCGGAUCUCGGCAACUGUGGGGCCAACUAAUCAGCUGGAAAGAAAUGAAAAGAAAGGGAACAAAGAGAAUCACAUUUGUAGUAUGAAGAAGUAGUUGAUGUAACUGGAAUGGUGGUUCAGGCAUUUCUCUUGAACCAAAGGACACCAUGCCAGGUAAAGUGGACAAAGGGAAUGUUUAUGAUACGGAGGAGGAGGAGGAGGAGGAGGAGGAGGAGGAGGAGGAAAGGCAAGAUUCCAGUGCAGCCAGACUGUCUUGCUAUUUGAAUUUCUAUUGAAUAACAGAUGUAAAUUUGAGGUGUUUAGUGAAUAAUUUCACUGCGCUGAAUGCAAGUAGGGAGGCAGCCUUCUGUUCAGAGCAGCAGCGUUUUUGGAAGCUGGUGCUAGACUGUAUAAAGAGCAGCAAAUCCAAGUGAUUUAUAAACAUUUGGGGAAUAGAGGCAGGCAGGCAGACAGACAGAUAUCUGGCUCAAUAUGCCCACUGGAUUACAGUUCAUAAAAAAUGCCAUGAGUCCUUUCUACUGCCAUCUUUUGAAUUGAUUGCUCAAAUUCUAGAGUAGGUAGAAUUUCCAGCCCUCCUUUUCAGGGGGCUAUUUCCACAUUGCUCACAGAGUUUCUCUCCAUCAAUGCAGGACAUAUGGAUUUCUAAGAAUGUCAAGGUUCUGAAUGGGAAAUGCAAAAACCCAGAGGAAAGAGACACUGAAUAAUCCUUAGGGUGGAGGCAAAUGAAUGGCAGCUCAAAAAAAAAAAAUCCUUAAGGCAAUAUUUUUUAUUUUUAAAAAAAUUGCUUCCAUGGAAUAGAUAGAUAAUAGAGCCUCAGGGCUGUCUAAGAAAUUGGAACUAUGCUUCAGUAUAGCCAGUUGGCUGCCAUAUGUAUUAAUUGCAUACGAGUUGGAAGCGACCACCAUCAGCAGCAAAAAAGUCAAAUGAUGACAGCUGUGCUCCCAAUUCCCUUGGCUCCAUGAAUCCAACAGACAUAUGAAAUUUGCUUUAUAGCCUUUGCCUGAUGCAUGUAUAAUCAUGCUGCUAUCCAAUCCAUAUUAACUGCUAAAGAUGUUUUGUUGUGGCCAACCAAGAUUUCAUUUCUGCCACUAAGUGAGCGAAAGCCAAAUUACUGUUGGCAUGCUCCCAUAUUCACUAAUUACAGUUAUGAGUUUUCUGUUACUAGCAACCUACUUUAUGUUUUGGAAUUACUUAGUCACACUUACAUAUCAAUAGAACAAAGAAUUGGAUCUUAAUCACACAUUGUUGUUCUUUCUUGAUAUAACUGGAAAGGCAGUUUCGUUUGAUGUGCUUGGCUGCCGGAACAACACAUCCUCCCUAUGAUAUAACAAUAACAAUAAUUUUGUUAUUUUCACCCCCACCCAUCUGACUGGGUUGCCCCAGCCACUCUGAGCAGCUUCCAAAAUUCUCUGGCACCCACUCACUUUGCUAUGGCCAUUUCCUAUAUGCAAGUUCUUCCCACAUUUUCUACCACUUCUUCCAACAUUAUAUGUUCUAAGCACACUGCAGAUAGCAAAAUGAGAGACGAUACAAGCAUUUGAGGACAGGUGCUCAUAAAGCUGAAGACCUGUCUUCAAACACUCACAAGGAAGGUUGGUGCUCAGUCCUGCAACCAGUUUCCACCUUCCCACUGUUUGAAGGUGAAUAUUAGAAAAUAAAGUUGUGAAAGGCCAUAGUGAAGAUGCUCUCAGGUCACAGGAAAAAAUGGUCUUUUCCAGCUGAAGAAUGGGUGGAACAUGUUAUGUACUGAAGUUCUCACCCUAGGCCAGCAGGGGAAUACUGUAGAUAGUUUUCACUCAGGUCCACAUAUGCAAAUAAGGAAUUGAAAGUGACUUUCACUGAUUGGAUAGUUUCAGAAAGUUGUUACUGUUGCGUUGUAGUGGAGCUCUAUAUAAGCAGGCUGGCUGAACCCUUCAGUUCAGUUCUGGCCUGUGAAUAAACAAGAGCUGUCUGAAGAAUCGCUGUGUCGUCUGAUAUGUUCACCCACAACUUAACAGAACACAUACAAUUUCACUUUCCUCUUUAUAGGUCCAGCCUCCAUCUUUGGUGGGAAAGACACUCUGCUGGAGGCUGUGAACCCUCAGUGCUGCCUCUGCCUUUCUCUUCAUCUAUUAGAUUGUAAGCUUUCCCUUCAGGUAGUGGAAGAGGGAAGGCAUGGUGUUUAA